AAGUUGUAUCCGAAAAAGGAAAAGAAAAAACCCCUUAAACCCUAGUUCUAGUUCUGUAAACUCUGUUCGUCUCCACGCAUCAAAAUUUGUUGUCAUCGACAAAAACCCUGUCUUCAAUGGCUGAAACGAUAGAAAAAUCUGAGAAGUUGACCGAACGCGAGGAAGUGGAAGAGGGUGAAGAGGAGCCCAGCUUCGAAAAGCUUGGAGUGGACCCUCGCCUAACUCGUGCCUUGCUAAAGAAGGGAAUUCAGAAACCCACCCCCAUUCAAAGCGUGGCCAUUCCUCUCGUCUUAGAAGGUAAGGAUGUGGUUGCUCGAGCAAAAACUGGUUCUGGGAAGACCUUCGCAUACCUUGUUCCGUUGUUGCAGAAGUUGUUUGUUGAUACUGGUGCAAGAACCAAGCUUGCCCCAAGUGCAUUCGUUCUCGUACCAACUCGGGAACUCUGUCAGCAAGUAUAUGCCGAAGUCUUGUCACUCAUUGAGUUGUGUAGAGUUCAGUUGAAAGCUGUCCAGUUGACAAGCAGUAUGUCUGCUUCCGAAUUGAGGAAUGCAUUGGCAGGACCACCCGAUAUUCUGAUUUCGACUCCUGCUUGCAUUCCAAAAUGCAUGUCGGUUGGUGUUCUUCAAUCAGCAUCCAUUAAUGGUUCACUAGAGAUUCUUGUUCUUGACGAGGCAGAUCUUCUCUUAUCAUAUGGCUAUGAAGAAGACAUAAAGGCAUUAACACCUCAUAUUCCUAAGCACUGUCAGUGUCUUCUAAUGUCUGCUACCUCAAGCGCUGAUGUUGAGAAACUAAAGAAGCUUAUACUUCACAAUCCUUUCAUUUUGACUCUGCCUGAAGUAGGAGAUGUCAAGGAUGAUAUUAUCCCAAAAAAUGUUCAGCAAUUUUGGAUAUCAUGCAGUUAUCGAGAUAAGUCACUUUACAUUCUCUCCCUCUUGAAGUUGGAGUUGGUUCAGAAAAAGGUUCUGAUAUUUACUAAUACAAUUGACAUGGGAUUUAGAUUAAGAUUAUUUUUGGAAAAGUUUGGAAUUAAAUCUGCUGUGCUCAAUGCUGAGUUGCCACAAAACUCUCGUUUGCAUAUUCUUGAGGAAUUCAAUGCUGGGCUUUUUGAUUACUUAAUUGCAACUGAUGAUAGUGAAUCGAAAGAGAAGGAAGAAGCCAAUAUUGAGAGUAAUAAUAAACAAAAAAAGUUUAGAAAGCAUGCCAAACAAAAAUUAGACUCUGAAUUUGGAGUAGUUCGGGGAAUUGACUUCAAAAAUGUAUAUACGGUUAUUAAUUUUGAAAUGCCUCAAAGUCCUGCAGGAUAUGUCCAUCGUAUUGGACGUACUGGAAGAGCAUUCAAUACCGGUGCUUCUGUCUCACUUGUUUGUCCAGAGGAUGAGGACGUCUUUGAGGAAAUAAAAUUCUUUUUAGGGGAUGAAGGAAACAAGGACGAAAACUUAAUUGCUCCAUUUCCCUUGCUAACAAAAAACGCUGUGGAGUCUUUACGGUACAGAGCUGAGGAUGUUGCAAAGAGUGUGACCAAAAUUGCUGUCCGAGAAUCACGAGCUCAGGAUUUAAGAAAUGAAAUUCUCAACUCUGAAAAGUUAAAGGCCCAUUUCGAAGCUAAUCCAGGGGAUUUAGAUUUGCUAAAGCACGACAAGGUCUUGAGCAAGAAGCCCCCUGCUCCUCACCUACGCGAUGUUCCUGAAUACUUGGUGGACGCAACAACUCGAGAAGCAAGUAAGGUUGUUAAGCUUGCUCGAGCUGCAAUGGGAAAUACCAAUGCUCCUCGCCAAAACGGAUCCAAGAAAAGGUUCAGAAGAAAUAAGGAUCCUCUCAAGACUUUCUCUGCUGAGGGACACAAGAAAGGUCGGAAAGGUGGGAUGAAGAGAGAGAGCAAUGGCAAUGAUAACAACAAAAACAAAAAGAAGAAAACCACUUGAUUUUAAAUGCUAAUUUAGAUUGGGGUUCACCAUGGUUAUUUACAUUUUUGUACCAAAAACAUAUACAGUGUUCAUAAAGAGCAUCACAGAAGUAGUAAGAAACGAACCUUUUUAGAGGUAGGUACAAUUUUGUUCCAAAUAGGGUAUUAUUUAUCACAUUGUCCAUUCUAUGAUGUUUUAUUUAUAGUUUUGUUUUAUUAUCGGAAUUUACAGUUACUUGUAUC